UGGCUGCUGCAACCUCAAGCCUAUCCUGAUACACCGAAACGACAUCAAGGUGGAGAGAGAGAGCGAGAGCAAGAGAGAGAAAGAUUAGGAAAAUGAGAGCAGAUGGAGAGAGAAUGUGAGCGAGUCUGAGUGUUUCCUGAAAGGAGGAUAAAAAGAGAGAGAGAGAGAGAGAGGAGACCCUGGGGUGGGCUGCUGCAAGCGGCGGGCAACACCGAGCCAUGGAGGGCGAUGUGCGUGUUCGUGCGGUGGUGAUGACACGUGAUGACUCCAGUGGCGGUUGGGUGCCCCUUGGAGGUGGUGGCCUCAGUCAUGUGGUCAUAUGUAGGGGGCGGAGUCAUGAUGGCAGGGGACGGAGGGAGUACAUCAUACGUGGAGAACGGCUGCGAGAUCGAGCACCGGUGCUGGAGUGUGCAGUGCAAAAAGGGUUAGUGUACAACAAGGUGAACCCCAUCUUCCAUCACUGGCGAGUAGAGGAUCGAAAGUUUGGCCUUACAUUCCAGAGCCCUGCCGAUGCCAUCUCCUUUGAGAAAGGGCUUCAGACUGUCAUAGACAAGCUCGACAGAGGCUCUGACUCGCCCUCAUCCUCCACGCCAGAAGAGGCCGACACUGAGGAUGACGGACAAGCUUCUCAUACAGGAAGUGAGUCGUCAUCCAACAGCAGAAAGGAGAUGCUUCCCAAACCCAUCACCAUAGUGACAAGCGAGUCAUCGUCUACUUGCUUCGUGCGGUCGGAAGAGUUUAGUUUUGGAUCCAGCCAUGCUGUAACCACGCAGACACCUGCUCAGAUCCACACCAGGUCGGGCCAGCACCAGCUCUCACAAAUGACGGCUGUGUUGAAUCCCCCAGCGCCCCCGCCCCCACCUCCUGCUCCACCUACUCCUCCUGUAGGUCCCCCAGCCUCAUCUCCCCUGUCCCCCCUCUCACCCACUAUUUCAUUGCUGGAGGAGGGAGAUCUGCACAGUGUGGACCCUUGCAAAGACCUGUGGGGUUCUCGAGGUUAUGAGGAUUACAGACGGGCAGGGGCCACAAGGACUAUGGUUGGGGGGCUAACUGGCGGUGUGGUUGUUGGUGGUGGAGGAAGCCUGCAGGACAAGUCAGAGCUGUGCGUGGUUCGCUUUGAGAAGGAGCUGGCGGGAGUGGGUUCGGCGGGCUGUGAUGUGACUGUGAGCCUGGACAGUAAAGCCUCCCAGCGUUUAUCCUCAUCGUCACCCAUCUGUAUGUCCAUGCCCAAUGCUGUAUCCGGCGUGUCCUCAGGUGCCGGCUCACCCCAGGAGACGGGUAAAGGCUCACCGUCGCCCUGCUGCAUCCACACAUCGCUGGCCACUCCCCGGUCGCGGACUCGUAAGAGAGGAGGAGGAGCUAGUAGUAGUGGUGACCCGGGAGUAAUCUCUCCCGAUGAUGACAGCCCGUGCCCUCAGGCUUCAUCGUCAUGCUCGUCUCGCUGUGUGUACUGCCGCUCUGUUUUCAGUGCUUCAGAGAAUGGGCGGGGCCGAUGCAGAGAUGCCCCAGACCCGGCCCUGCACUGCCUGCGCCAGUGGACCUGUGUGUGGUGUGCAGAGAGUCUGCUCUACCACUGCAUGUCGGACUCUGAGGGAGAGUUCUGGGAGCCUUGUUCAUGUGAUGACUCAAUGGGGGGCCACCCGCACCCCCUCUGCUGUGCCCGCUGGUUGGCCCUCCUGGCCCUGUCACUCUUUGUGCCCUGCAUGUGCUGCUACCUGCCUUUGCGCGCCUGCCUGCGAUGUGGGGAGAGGUGUGGCUGCUGUGGGGGAAAGCACAAAGCAGUCCGAUGAAGCCAGGCUUUUGGGAGGGAGGGGUUUCCUGGACCGAGGGGGUUUGGGUAUUGAGAGAAGAGAGCAUCUGUUAGGAAGCAGAAGGUUGGCCCUAAAUAGGAACAGUGCUCUCAGUAGACCCAGACCUCUGGCCCGCCAAAGCCCCACAGCCUUCCGCUGCAUUCGGCUCUUUCUCUUUUCAACCUGGGGCCUUCCUCACUGGUCCAUGCCUGCUGUAGGUGCAUUGCACUCAGACCAGGCUCUGUGGGCGUCGUAGUGGAUUUACUGAGGAGUGGCUCAUCUAGAGUUAGCU